AUGAACUGCUUUCAUGUUUGCUCUGAUCACCUCUACUCCUCCAUUCUUCCACUCCUCUACUCCUCCACUCCUCUACUCUUCCACUCCUCUACUCCUUCAUUCUUCCACUCCUCUACUCCUCCACUCUUCCACUCCUCUACUCCUUCAUUCUUCCACUCCUCUACUCCUCCACUCUUCCACUCCUCUACUCCUCCAUUCUUCCACUCCUCUACUUCUCCACUCCUCUACUCCUUCAUUCUUCCACUCCUCCACUCCUCCACUCUUCCACUCCUCUACUCCUCCAUUCUUCCACUCCUCUACUUCUCCACUCCUCUACUCCUCCAUUCUUCCACUCCUCUACUCCUUCAUUCUUCCACUCCUCCACUCCUCCACUCUUCCACUCCUCUACUCCUCCAUUCUUCCACUCCUCUACUUCUCCACUCCUCUACUCCUCCAUUCUUCCACUCCUCUACUCCUUCAUUCUUCCACUCCUCCACUCCUCCACUCUUCCACUCCUCUACUCCUCCAUUCUUCCACUCCUCUACUUCUCCACUCCUCUACUCCUCCAUUCUUCCACUCCUCUACUCCUCCAUUCUUCCACUCCUCUACUCCUCCACUCUUCUACUUCUCUACUCCUCCACUCUUCCACUCCUCUACUUCUCCACUCUUCCACUCCUCUACUCCUCCAUUCUUCUACUCAUCUACUCCUCCACUCCUCUACUCCUCCACUCUUCCACUCCUCUACUCCUCCACUCUUCCACUCCUCUACUCCUCCAUUCUUCUACUCCUCUACUCCUCCACUCCUCUACUCCUCCACUCUUCCACUCCUCUACUCCUCCACUCUUCCACUCCUCGACUCCUCCAUUCUUCCACUUCUCUACUCCUCCACUCUUCCACUCCUCUACUCCUCCAUUCUUCCACACCUCUACUCCUCCACUCCUCUACUCCUCCACUCUUCCACUCCUCUACUCCUCCAUUCUUCCACUAGUCUACUCCUCCACUCUUCCACUCCUCUACUCCUCCAAUCUUCCACUCCUCUACUCUUCCACUCCUCUACUCCUCCACUCUUCCACUCCUCUACUCCUCCACUCUUCCCCUCCUCUACUCCUCUGCUCCUCCACUUUUCUGCUCCUCUACUCCUCCAUUCUUCCAUUCCUCUAA